AUGGAGGCAUUGUUGGCACACUCGUUCGAUUACCUUUCCUCUUACGAACCAAGCAAAGUUCGCAAAGGAUUGCGCCAGGUCGAAGGCCUCCUCGCACAGAUUUGUUUAUCCAAGUCGAAACGCCCGGCGUCUGACAAACGGAGGUCACUGCUAUCCUUUGGGGCUCCGCAACCGGUUCCCAAAACCUUGUCUGAGCUUCGCGAUGAUCCGGCCUUCAGGGAAUUUUUCAAAUUACAAGAGGGAUUUCAAUGGAAUGUCGCAAUGCGUUUGGUGACGUGUCUGGAGCACCUACUAGGGCGGGGGAGUAAUGGCACCAACGAUCUUCUCAUCGUCUCCACCCUCGACCUGAUACAAGGCGUGCUCCUCCUCCACCCUCCGUCGCGGACACUGUUUGCCCGCGAGAUCUACAUGAAUCUACUCCUGGACCUCCUCGACCCAAUCAAUUGCCCCGCCAUCCAGUCCGCGACUCUUCUCACCCUAGUCACGGCUCUUCUGGACCACCCCGCCAACACGCGUACGUUCGAGGAACUCGACGGACUCCUGACGGUGACCUCGCUUUUCAAGCAGCGCGCGACGUCGCGCGAAGUCAAACUCAAGCUCGUCGAGUUUUUGUACUUCUACUUGAUGCCGGAAACCCCGAUGAUCCCCACGAGCACGGCCAGUGCGCCUAACACGGCCGUUCUCGGACACCAGCGCAGUCCAAGCAAACUGGCUGCGGCACAGGCAUCCCGGAGUGUCAAUGUCCCCGGGCCUCACGGCGGCGGCAAGGCACACCGGGAUACACGUACGACCGAUGAGAAACAGGCGUUGCUCGGACGGUAUCUGAACAAUGUGGAGGAUCUGGUGGAGGACUUGAAAGAAACCGCACCGUUUGGAGCGACAGUUUAUUAG